AUGUUUUUUAGACUGGACAGCUUCUUUAGUGCAUAUCCAAUGAACAAAGUUGGUUUCUUCCUUUGCAUUUUUUCUGUUUUGACUUCUCUGCUAAUUCAGGAAGGAAGAGGGAAUUUCCAGUGUGAUAAUGGGUCUUUGAUUUUGGACAACAUAUGUAACUUCACAGAUGCCUGUGAAGAUAACAACGAUGACUUGCUUUAUUCUCUGAAGAAAAAAUGUGAUUUUGAAACUGACUUCUGUAUGGGUUGGACUAAGAAGAAUGGAAUUACUAGUACUUCACCUCCAUACCAAAAUCACAAUGGAAAUGAGUCUGCCUAUUUCCUCUCACUGUCCUCCAAAGCUGGUUCUUCUCCUGCAAACAUAAAAAGCAGAGUUUUCCUUCCAACUAAUAGCCAACGAUCAUGCCAGGUCAUAUUUUAUCACUAUGCCAGCCAUGUGAAGAUGAAAAUAAGUGUUGGUCUCCAGACUAUGUGUGGUAAAUCAUUUCAGACUAUAUGGCAAAACUCAGCGGGGUCCCCAAAUCGGUGGGAGAGAAAUAUCAUCAAGCUCAAUAGCACUCAGAAAUUUCAGGUUGUUAUUCAAGGUCAAAGGUUUUCAACUGAUGGAGAGGAAGAAGCUCUAGCAAUUGAUGAUAUAUCAUUCAGUGAAGGAUGUCAGCCUGAUCUCAGUGAAAACUCACCAUGUCAAGAAACACUGAAUACCUGUGAAUGGACACACCAACCAGAUGCAAGUCUAUGCAACUAUGAAAACAGCUUUGACCCUGAAUCUGUAAAUGAAAAAUCCUGUUUAUGUCAGUUUUGUGGAUUUGAGUUUGAUACAUGUGGAUGGAGUUCUUCAACAUCUGCCAAUGAAAUUUCCUGGGUGCGCACAAAAGCAAGAGAGAAACUGGGUUUUAAAUCAACCCCUCCAAAGGAUCAUGGUGGUGAUAGUGAAGGUCACUACAUGUGGGUGGGAGCUGAUAAUGGCACAUUUUCCAGAAGUGCUUAUCUUAAUAGCUCCAUGUGCCACUGCUUUGGGAAGCCUUGCCAUCUUCGAUUUUAUUAUUCUAUGGUGGAUAGUAUUCUGACUGUGGGUCUAUAUAAUGAUAAGGAGAAAGAAAUACUAUGGACAAGUGAUGUUUCAACCAUGGGUGAGUGGUUGAAAAUGGACGUGUCUGUCCCAGAGACCAUAACUACAUUUAAGUUUGUUUUUGAAGGGACUACACAAAGCAGGGAAGGAUUUAUCAGCUUAGACAGCCUCCAGGUCUAUGCCUGUGAAGAGACACACAAAGCAAGCCCUUGUGGGGUGGAAGAAUUCUCCUGUGCCAGUGGCCAGUGCAUUCACUCUGGUUUGGAAUGUGAUUAUCAGCAAGAUUGUUCUGACCAAAGUGAUGAAGAUCCCUCAGCCUGCUCAAAUUAUACUCUGUGUAACUUUGAGUCUGGUUUUUGUGACUGGAAACCAUUAUGGACCAAGGAGUCGCACUGGAAAAUAUCGAAGGGACUCUCUCCCAGAGGAUUUGAGCUUCCUCCUGCAGAUCAUACAACAAACAGUAAAUAUGGUAGGUUUUACAUUUUUCUUAAUGCUGAACUGAAAGUUGUUGCUGAAUUGAGUACUUUUCAUCAUGUACGGUUUUGGUAUCAUUUGUCCCAGAAUUCACAGCUCUCAGUUUUUACAAGGACAUCCCUAGAUGGUGAGUUAGAGAAGCAAAGUGACCUUCUGGAAGUCUCCAAAUCUCAGUGGACACGAGCAAAUAUAUCUGUGUAUCCUGUGUCUGGAAAAUCAUUUCUACCUUUUCAGGUCAUUUUACAAGCCACCAUUUUUUCAGAAAAUGCCACAGUUGCCAUAGAUGACAUCAGCAUAACUCCAGAUUGUGGCAUUUCUUUCAAGUCACUUUCAAGCACACACAGCAAAAGAGAAGGGAAAGAGAUUGUUGCCCAAACUGGUAGUUGUGAAGCUGGAUUUGUGCCAUGUGAAGAUGCAAGCUGUAUUUUAUCUAGCAAAGUGUGCGACUUUACACCUGACUGCCCAAAUGGAACGGAUGAAGCCCGUUGUGCUCCCUCCUGUGACUUUGAAACAGACAACUGUGGUUGGUUUGAAGCACAUGGAGGAGAUCAUUUUGACUGGGUCCGAAAUUCCAGCAGCACCCUUUCAGUGGAUUUUCAGCAACAGGCUCCGGCCCAAGAUCAUACUUAUAAUAAACCUCAGGGACACUUUAUGUUCAUUCUGAAAACCAGCAGGAGCAUUUCACAGGUUGCUAAACUCCAGAGUCCAAGGUUCAGCCAGACAGGACCAGGAUGCAGUUUGUCUUUCUGGUUUUAUAACUAUGGUGAGUCAGUGGGAGCAGCAGAGAUGCAGCUACACUUAGAGGGGACAAAUUACUCAACUGCUCUCUGGAGAGUAUUAUACAACCAGGGAAACCAGUGGUCCAAAGCAUUCAUUCAACUUGGCCGCAUCAAUCAGCCCUUUUAUUUGACGCUGGAAAAAGUCAGUCUUGGAAUUUAUGAUGGGGUCUCAGCUGUUGAUGAUAUCAGAUUUGAGAAUUGUGCCCUUCCCCUUCCUGCUGUGAGUUGUGAAGGUCCUGAUCAUUUUUGGUGUAGACAAACUAAGGCUUGCAUAGAUCGUCUGCUAUUAUGUGACCUGGUGGAUAAUUGUGGAGAUAAUACUGAUGAGACUAAUUGCACACCUGAAAACUCUUGUGACUUUGAAAAUGGGCUUUGCAACUGGGAACAAGACAAAGAAGAUGAUUUUGAUUGGACAAGAAACCAGGGUGAAACUUCAACACUCAACACAGGUCCAAUGAAAGAUAAUACCUUGGGGACAGUUAAAGGGCAUUAUCUUUAUAUAGAAUCUUCUGAACCACAAGUCUUCCAAAAUAGAGCUGUCUUGCUCAGUCCUGUUCUUAAUGGCACAAAUGACAAAAGUUGCAUCUUUCGCUUCCAUUAUCACAUGUUUGGAAAGCAUAUUUAUAGGCUGGCGAUUUAUCAAAGAAUUUGGAGUAAUACAAGGGGACAUGUGCUGUGGCAGAUAUUUGGAAAUCAAGGCAAUAGAUGGAAAAGGAAAGCUCUCAUCAUUACCUCGAUUCAGCCUUUUCAGAUCUUAGUGGAGGCUUCCGUUGGAGAUGGCUUCACGGGUGACAUUGCGAUUGAUGACUUGUCAUUCAUGGACUGCGCCCUCUACCCUGGAUAUUUGCCAGAGAAUUUUAUACCACCAUCAGGAACCUUGAUUCCUGUAACUCUUCCACCCCACAACUGCACAGAUGCUGAAUUUGUAUGUAGGUCCAAUGGGCACUGUAUUGAAAAGAUUCAGAUAUGUGAUUUCAGAUAUGACUGUCCUGACCAGUCAGAUGAGGCUUCUUGUGUUACAGACGUCUGUAGUUUUGAAGAUGGAAAUCUAUGCAAAUGGUACCAACCAGAACUGAUGGAGACAAUUCAAGCUAUCAAUACGUUUAGGUGGGGUCUUGGAAAUGGAGCUAGUGUACAUCAGGGAGAGGAAAACCACAGGCCAUCAGUGGACCAUACAAAAAACAGCACAGAUGGUUAUUACCUGUAUGCAGACAGUUCAAAUGGAAAGUUUGGCCACACUGCUGACAUCAUCACUCCGGUUAUUUCACUCACAGGGCCAAAAUGCAGCCUCGUGUUUUGGAAUCACAUGAAUGGAGCCACCGUUGGCUCUCUCCAGGUACUCAUCAAGAAUGGUAAUGUAACAUCCAAACUUUGGUCCCAGACUGGCCAGCAGGGUGCCCAGUGGAAAAGAGUAGAAGUAUUUUUAGGUAUUCAUUCCAAUAUACAGAUUGUCUUCAGGGCUAAGCGUGGAGUCAGUUACAUGGGAGAUGUAGCAGUGGAUGAUAUUACCUUUCAAGAUUGUUCCCCUCUAAUGAUCUCAGAGAAAAAAUGCACUGCACAGGAAUUCCUGUGUGCUAACAAGUACUGCAUCUCAAAGGAUAAUCUAUGUGAUUUUGUAAAUGAUUGUGCUGACAAUUCAGAUGAGAACCUUUUCAUUUGUGGUACCUCAAUUGGGCGUUGUGAUUUCGAAUUUGAUCUUUGUUUCUGGGAGCAGAGUCAAAAAGAUGACUUGGAUUGGAAUCUAAAAGCUGGCAUCACCCCAACAACAGGCACUGAGCCAGUUGCUGAUCACACCUUUCAAGAUCCAUCUGGUCAUUACAUCUUUAUAAAGAGUUUAUUUCCUCAGCAGCCAAUGAGAGAAGCCCACUUAUCUAGCCCAAUGAUAAGCAGAAGGAGCAAAAACUGCAAGAUAAUUUUCCACUAUCACAUGUAUGGAAAGGGCAUUGAAGCACUCACUGUUUCUCAGAUAUCAGUCACAAAUAAUAAAAAAGUCCUAUUCCAUCUUACUGGAGGACAAGGCAAUUUUUGGAAGAGGAAAGAAUUAAUUCUGCACAGUGAGGAGGAUUUCCAAGUCAUCUUUGAAGGUCGAGUUGGGAAAGGUCAUCGGGGACAUAUUGCACUUGAUGACAUUGUAUUGUCAAAGGGAUGUUUCCCGUCUCAUCAAACCAUUGUCAAGGAAUCUAUAGUACCACUAAUGUCAGAUUCCUGCCCACAUGGCUAUAGAAGAUGUCAGAAUGGCAAGUGUUUCAGACCAGAACAAAGUUGCAAUUUUGUAGAUGACUGUGGAGAUAAUACUGAUGAGAAUGAAUGUGGAACCUCCUGCACCUUUGAAAAUGGCAGCUGUGGUUGGCAAAAUUCCCUGGCGGACAACUUUGACUGGAUUUUGGGAGUUGGCUCACUUCUGCUUCUGAGUCCUUCUAGAGACCACACAGCGCUUGGAAAUGCAACUGGGCACUUUCUACAUCUGGAGGCGACCCCAGUAGGCUUGCGAGGGGAGAAAGCCCAUCUGAAGAGCUCUCGGUGGCAGGAAUCCAGUGCAGCCUGUGUCCUGACUUUCUGGUACUUCAUCUCCACAAAGGCUACAGGAUCCAUUCAGGUGCUGGUGAAGACUGAGAAAGGACUUUCAAAGGUAUGGACAGAAGAUGGACAGAAUCCUGACAAUAAUUGGAAGAAGGCAGAAGUCCUACUAGGAAAAUUAAGAAAUUUUGAAGUUAUAUUUGAAGGUAUCAGAACAAGAGAUCUGGGAGGAGGAGCAGCAAUUGAUGACAUAGAAUUUAAGAAUUGUAAUAUAGCUGCAGAGAGUUCUGAGAUGUGCCUAGAAGCUACGGAUUUCAUGUGUCAAGACAAGAAAUGUAUUGAACACCAACUAGUUUGUGACUACAAGCCUGACUGCAUGGAUAGCUCAGAUGAAGCUGACUGCAGUCAGUACACCAGCAUCCCAGGAAGCUGUAAUUUUGAAAAUGCUCCCCACAACUGGACCUCAGCCUGUCACCUUACUCAAGAUACUCAAGACAAUUUAGAUUGGAAUGUUGGCAACAGAAUUGCUGCAGAAAGAGAAAGUCUUGAUUCUGAUCACACUCCAGGCAAUGGACAGUAUUUUCUCUAUGUCAACUCAUCUGGCCCAAAAGAAGGAUAUACUGCAAGAAUUACUACCACCCACUUCUUUCCAGCAAGCCUUGGAAUAUGUACAGUUCGGUUUUGGAUCUACAUCAGUGGUUCCAGUGAUAUGGGAAUAUUAAAGGUAUACAUUGUAGAAGAAUCUGGACUGGAAAUUCUGGUGUGGUCAAUGAUUGGAAAUAAAGGCAGAGACUGGAUGUAUGGAAACGUCCCCCUUUCCAGUAAUGGCCCUUUUAAAGUGACCUUUGAAGCUGACCUUGGGGGAGACGAUCCCACUUUUAUUGCUCUUGAUGAUAUCUCUUUCACUCUGGAAUGCACAUCUGGAGGCCCUGCCACAACAUUACCACCACUCUGUGAGGCUCAUCAGUUCCCCUGCAUUUACACACCCCAAUGUGUGCCGCUGUCUAGAAAAUGUAAUGGACAGGAAGAUUGCAAGGAUGGAACUGAUGAGUUGGAUUGCCCUACUGGGUCACCUCCUCACCCCUGCAGAGAACUGGAGUUCCAGUGUUCAACAAAUGAAUGCAUUCCAUCCCUCUUGCUAUGUGAUGGAGUACCAGACUGCCAAUUUAAUGAAGAUGAAUCUACUUGCUCUGGUGGACAUUGCACUGAUGGCUCUCUGAUGUGUCCAUCGACUAAUAGCUGCAUCCCGGCAUUCCAACGCUGUGAUGGCUUUGUUGACUGCACUGAUUUCCAACUCGAUGAGUCCAGCUGCUCAGAAUGCCCGAUUGGUUAUUGCAAAAAUGGUGGAACUUGUAUCAUUGAAAAAAAUACCCCAAUCUGUCGAUGUGUAAGAGAGUGGAGAGGAAAUCGAUGCCACAUCCCACUUAGCUCUGCCUCACCACCAGAGGUCAUGUUCACCCAGAGUGGUAUUUGGACAAUCUUAAUUAUUGGAUUGACUUUCCUGACAACUCACCUGGCAAUUGCUGCUUUCAGUUUCCUUUAUAAGAGGAAACAGCCAAGAAAGAAACCUGAAGAAACAGCUUACGCGUUUGCCAACCCUAUGUAUGAAGAUGGGAGCCGUUCAGAGAAAAUUGAGGCUACGGGGAGUAAUGUCUUCCCAAGGAUACAAAUCAGUGUCUCUCCUUGGCAAGCACAUACAGAGACUUCUGACUAUUCCUUUGCCAAUCCUUUGUAUGGUGCUACCUGAAGAAACCAGGAGAAUAUUUCUAAUCAUCUUCAACAGUCAAAUAAAAUACAAUUAAUUCAGUUUGUCAAGUUGAUAGAAAAUCCCAAUUUCUAAAAUUGACUAGAAAUCAUAUUGCAUACAACAGUAAUGAGCAAAAAUGAAUGAGAUUGCUCAUGUGAGCUGCACCAUUAAAACCCUUUUUAUUGAGAAUCAUACAUUUUCUGAAACUAUUGUUCUGAUCUUCAUGCUAGCAUAGGGUCAGAUAGGUAACUAUAUUUUCAUUAUGCAAACAGCACAAAUUCCACUGUAUUAAUAAAAGCAUUUCACUUAAUCAAAGCCAGCUUUCUCGUUUUCCAAGUGUUUUGAUUUUGUUGCUGUCAUUGAAAAAAUAAGAACUUAAAUUUUUCAAACUCUGAGCUCUACAGAGACUUUAAAAUGCUUAUUUUAAUGUUUGAGGGAUCAGAAGCAAAGGGGGAACUAGCAGAGCAUCCAAAUAAGCAGAACCAACUAGAUCAAAGCAAUUUUAAAGAGAAUUAAAAGAGUCUCCAGUCCUGCAUGUUGAGCACAAAUAAGGUCAGUUAAUAUUCUACCCUUACCUUCUGAAAGACAUAAAAGCUUUUGCAUUAAUUUAACAAAAAAAUUCUUAAUGGAGGCUUAUGUCUUUAUCCAAAACUUUUGACCCAGGAGAAAUUUUCUCCUUACGGGGGUAGAAGACGGGAGAGUGUAUAUGUGGCAGAGGGCAAGAAGAGUAAAUAUCUAAUUUUUAUUAAGCGAAUGAUUGCAUGGAUUAACCUCUCUCAUAGCGUGGAUGUCAGUCUUGUUGAUCUUCUGUCUCUCUGAAAGUUGCUUUAUUCAGGCCCUGAAGUGAUUCCCUUAAAGAAAUACACGAAUGAUUUAACUUAAACCAACUUGAUGAAGAAGUGCAUGUACAAAAGUUUCUUACACAAGAAGAAGAAUACAGAUUAGGCAGCUGGAAUUGGCCCUGUUUCCUUUGCAGAGAUUUGGGGGAUUCAUGAGACAUAUAAUUCCUCAUUAUGAAAGUCAAUGAAGUGAAAACUGAGGAUAAUCAACAGAAAGUAAAAAGUGAGCAACAAUUCAGAAAUCAUUGAAAUUUCUCCUUGAAACCUGGUGGUUUGCAAAAUGUUCAAAUCAACAAUUGUUGAAAGUGUUUCAUUAUUAAAAGAUGCUUUAUUAAUGGUU